UGAAUAUUAAUAGCGCAACCUUCGCCAUAGUAGGAAUAACAAUUUCGCUUCCCGGUCGCGCACGGAUCGCCGCCGCCGCCGUGAUUGCAGCGAAACGGGGGAAGAACGAGACGAGUUGACCACACUCACUCUUUCUGACAUCAAAGUUACACCAUUUUUUCGUUUGAGUCAUGUGAGGGAGCUUGUAAUGUCAACAGAGCAGGAUAAAGAUUCAUUCUCUCUAAAACGAAACCGAGGAGGUGAAGGUAGUCUGGAUAUUUUAGGAGGUCCUGGGCUGCUACUGGGAAGCCCUGAUAAAAAGAGACGCAGGUCGAGCACACAGGCACCGUCCUUCUCUCCUCUGUCUGAAUAUGCUCCUCCACCAAACCCCAGCUCAGAUCACCUAAUAGCUUCCAACCCUUUUGAUGACAAUUUCAGCUCCCCAUCCCUGAAGCCACUGCCUCCUGCUAACCCUUAUUUCGGCCACUCACUUUACCCAGGGUUUAGUGUCUAUGGGCCGCCAAGGAUGGCCCCACAAAUGCCCAACAGGAUGCCUUCUCCGUACGGGCCUCCUUACCAGAUGCGAAACCAGCCCAUGGUUUUCAACCGGGCACCGGGAUUUAACUACGGUCAUGCCGAGAACCCGCAUUACGGGCAGCCGUUUGGUGGCGGAAACAACAACAGCAUGCACUUCAGAUCAGAGCAUGUCAAUCACAUGCCUCUUCAAAACCUCAACCAAAGCGGUAGUCCUGAAUGUGGUUUCGGUCCAGAGGGGAAUCCAGCCCGGGAUAUGAGCCCUCAGCAACAAAACAAGUCCAGCACGCCAACGCCCAAACAGGACCCGAGUGAAGCCGUGAACAAAAACGCCACGCAAAACCCCUCGCCACGGAAGCAAAAUCAAAACUGUGAAGAGAACACGCCUCAGGAGAACACGGCAGAGCUGAAGAUGAAGGGACUGGACGGCGGAGCGGAAAAACUCAACGGCGUCCUUCACUCCAAUAACGAACCAUCGAAGAAGUCGUCAGACGGCGCGGCGGAUAGAGCUCGCAGAGGCGCCGGAGCUUUGACCAAUAAUAAAGUCCUAAACAGGAGGAGCACAUCCUCCUCGUCCGAGCCCGUCUACCCGUGCGGGAUAUGCCUGAGCGAGGUGAACGAUGACCAAGAGGCCAUUCUGUGCGAGGCCUCGUGUCAGAAAUGGUUCCACAGAGUUUGCACAGGGAUGACCGAGACGGCGUACAAUCUUCUAACGGCGGAGACGUCUGCUGUUUGGGGCUGCGACGCCUGCAUGGAGGACAAAGGAGCACAGCUGCUCAAAACCCGAGAGGUGUCAGGGACGCCUUCUGUUACCGGUGAAGGACAGUCGUGAGUGAGACUGAUGGCGAGGAGUCGCUGAUGUCGAAGUCCAAAUGAAUUGUUUCUCUUCUGUUUGAACUGAGUUCCAAAGUUCUUUUGGCUUCUUUUGUUUCUACUCAAAAAUAUUUCACCCAAAAUGAAAGUUCUGUUAGAGUUUACUCACCUUCCUUUUUUAUAAAAUAAUUUUUUAAAUAUACACUACUGUACAAUUUUUUGAUCAAAAAUACAGUAAAAACAGUGAAAUAUUAUUACAAUAACUGUUUUCUAUUGUAAUAUAUUUUAAAAUGUAAUUUAUUCCAGUGAUCAAAGCUGAAUUUUCAGCAUCAUUACUCCAGUCUUCAGUGUCACAUGAUCAUUGAGAAAUCAUUGUAAUAUGCUGAUUUGCUGCUCAAGAAACAUUUAUGAUUAUUAUCAGCUCAAAAAAACAUUUAUUUGAAACAGAAUUUUUUAAAGGGGACAUAUCAUGAAAAUCUGACUUUUUUCGUGUUUAAGUGCUAUAAUCGGGUCCCCGGUGCAUCUACCAACAUAGAGAACGUGAAAAAAGUCAAUACAGUAACUUUGUUUUUGGCAAGCCUUUCUCUGCAAGCAUGUGACAAAACAAGCUGCUUAGAUUUCGCUCCCCUUGUAGGAAGGGGAUCUUAUUAUAAUAUUACCGCCCCUUAAUCUGCACGUUUCCACCCAUGGUGCUGCCGUUUUGUUUUUGCAAGUGAAAACGGUGUACCAGUUCUAAUGCCAUGGCAAAAUUUGAGCAAAGCAUGUUAACUGUUCUGUUGUUGGCUUCACAGAUGAGCACAGAACACCAUUUCGAGUCUUGUUAGCUUGGAUAGCCUGCAAGUUGACCAAGAUCGAUAGCUAAAAAAGGAGCGUUUCUGUCCGAGCAAUAUUUUGAAAACAUUCACAGCAUUUGAUAGCAAUCAUAAACAUUAGCCUGGUGUGUAUGGCUCUGUUUGGCAAACAGGUACACUAUGUAUAGUGGGCGUCCAUACGGGUUUUGCACAAAAGAUUAACAUGACGGCACAUCCUAGUCGAUGAGUUGAAUCAACUUCACAGCAACUACAUAAAUUUAUCCACUAACCAUUCAGAAACGUCCAGUUUCAUUCUAAAAGUUGUAACUUCUUCCUGAGUCUCUCCAUCAGUGUCGACUCCGGUUUGAACAAUGUAAGGCUGAACACCGUUACUGACAAUCCUCAUUUUGGCUGCGUGAGAUUCUCCAGCUUUGUUGUUGUUGAGCAACCGAAGUGUGAGCUGUUAAAGCUCCGCCCUCUUCUGGAAAGGGGGCCGGGAGCAGCAGCUCAUUUGCAUUUUUAAAGGGACACACACAAAAACGGUGUGUUUUUGCUCACACCUAAAUAGGGGCAAAUUUGACAAGCUAUAAUAAAUGAUCUGUGGGGUAUUUUGAGCUGAAACUUCACAGACACAUUCUGGGGACACCAGAGACUUGUGAAAAGGUCCCCUUUAAACAUUAUAAAUGAAUUUUAGAACAGUAGUGUAAUAGUUUUUGGGUGAAUUAUUCCUUGUGUAGAUAUCUAAUGUUUCUAAUGCCUUUAAAUCCGGAGGUCUGGCUGUGCUUACAAAAGAACCCUUCAUUUCUUUAUUUUCUGACAGUGAUCGUUCGCUGUCAGACGUCUUCCUUUGGCUCACCUUGAUUAAUGUAUGAACCAGCUGUGUCAUUGAAUAUCUGAUUUUAUUAAUGGUGAGUUUUCUUACAUCGUAACUCUUAACAGUCAGUAUUCAGGUUUCAGAGUAACUCAAAAUCACAAGCAGCAUUUUAUUUAUCCAGAAAGAUGUUCUACUGUCAAAUCUAAACUCUAGCAAUACGUGAUGCUCUAAAACUUGAUAUAAACUAAGAGCGUUUUGUAGAUGCUCAACAUGAUUGGGCCUUUCCCAUUGAAUGUAGCUGUAGAAUAUUUACUGUAGCAUAUUUUCUGAUGGAUAUCAUCACAUGUGUCUUGUUUCACUGUAGCGGCAUGUAGUUUAGUCUUAGUGAGCAAUAUUCCUGGUUGUGAUGGAUUGCAUUUUGCUUUCUUAUUACUCUUUUUCAAACAGCUUGGAUCUUUGAUUGUUUUAUGAUCAAAUGAAGUGAAAAUCUUGAAUUAACAGAGCCAGAGAACAAGUUGACAUUGAAACUUUGGAUGCACUUGAUAUUUUUGUAAGUUUUGUUAUUUGUCGCUUUCUUUACUGGGUUGAUUGACAUUUUUAUUUUUGGCCAAGACUGAGGAGGUUUGUUACUUGAAGGCCUUAUUUCCGGGCAUGAUGCAUGAAAUGGCACAAAAAUAUAUAUAUUUAUAAAGACAAAAAUACUUUUAGCUUGUUAUCUCCCAAAAUUAUCUUAAUUUAAUGACACAACGUUCAUGGUAGAAUCUCACAAAACCUGAAAAGAACAUGUGCAGGUCAUAAUUCACCCCAAAGAAAAUAGAUGAAUAAGAAAUUAUAUUUUGCUUAAAGAAAAUCAAGAUUGUAAUGCUUAAAGAUCCUGUAUGCUGUAUGAUGAGAAUUUCCAUUGAGAGUAAUGAGAAUUACAAGAAACUCUAGAAAGUAAAAUUUCUGUCUGUCUGGACAAUUGUAACGUUACAUGUUCCGUUGUUUUGCGUGUGUUACUCUUCCAUAGAGCUGGGAAACAUUGUGAAUGUAAACUUCAUGUCUUGCUCACGUUUUGCAACUAGUGCUGAUCUGACUUCAGUUGUUAAGCAAGAUAAUGUAAACAAAGCAUAGUGUAUUUCCUUACCUUCUUUAUUAAAAAAGCACUUGAACGUGUUAUCGGGGUGAAUUCAUGACAGUGUUCAUGUGUAGUGCAUUGUGCAGUAAUAAUAAUGUCUAAAAAGACAAAAUAAUGUAGAAACAAUUUUUGUAUAAUUGGCCAGAUUUGACUGUUGACCCCUGGUGCCUUAAAUGUGUUUCUGUUUUUUUAAAUAAGGUAGAUCUUGAGCUGAUGGCAUUGUGCAGUGUAUCAUUUACCCACUUAUCAAUAUGGGGUGAGAAUAUUUGUUCAACUAAUUUUAUAACAGGACAUUGAAUGUACGGAGCCAAUAAUGAACAAUAUGAAGUGAAUACAUUUGUGGCAUCCUCAAAACCAAGAUGGUACAGCACAUACAUUAUUGAAUGUAAAUCAAAGUUUUCAUGUGUGUUAUGAUAACUAAUAUUUCUCUGUGAAAAACAGCCUUGUUUAAUAGAGAAACCUUGGAAAAGCCAUUAUUCAAAUGUAUUAUUCGAACUGCGUUUAAUAAAACUGAUUUUAAAGUAA